AUGAGUAUGAAUGCUUCAGCACCCAGUUUUGUACCAUCAACAGCAGCAGCCUCAGGAGGCGUAUCCAGCACUAACGACAAUACCAAGCCAUCUCGAAACAAGGACAACAAUCCCAAGAACCAGAAUGGAAAAAAGCGCCCAAAUAAGAAACGCUCUACCUCCAAUAAUGCGAAUCGAGAUUACAAUCAAGUUGUGUCUAAUUUGGAUGAUUUGAAUCUUGUUCAAGUAGCUCAACGCACAGGUGGAUCAACAGACAAAAAGGGACGAGUUUCCUUGAACCAUUUGCUUAGCUUUUCUUUUCCAGAGAGACAGGAAGCUCCAGCAACCUCACAUCGAAAGCCAAAAGUAACGUCUUAUCAGCCCUUCAACAAGGAGAGAUUUAUCAAUGCAAACUUUCGGUUCAUGCUGAAUCCUACUGGAAAUUACAUUUACCAGUUGGCAGAUCCAGACAUUAACUUUGACUGGGAUACCAUUGAACAAGUGCUCAUCUCUUCAGCAGAAGCCCAAUCAUGUCCCAUUUGUCUGUCGCCUCCUACAGCUGCUCGAGUGACCAAAUGUGGCCACAUUUACUGCCUGCCCUGCAUUCUGCACUAUCUUGAAUUGCGUGAAUCCAAGAAGAAUUGGCGCAAAUGUCCCAUCUGCUGGGACUCCAUCUAUGAAGCUGAUCUCAAGCCAGUUCGCAUCAUGAAGCCCUAUGCUGUAUCUGACCAUGCAUCAAAUGUGACAACAUCAAUGACAGCAGCAUCAACAUCAACCACACUGAGCUGUGGUGUCACUGACGGUGAUCGAGUCGACAUGUUAUUGAUGCAGCGAUCCAAUGACUCUACGCUGGCAUUCCCACUUUCGGAUACAUGGCCAUUACCGUCCAAUGUCACUUGCAACUACAUGAAGCCAGACACGCCAUUGAUACCUUGGCAUUUUACGCCUGGAGCCAUGACAUUUGCUCGAUUCAUGCUGGCCAGUCCAGACUAUUUGCAAAGAGAAUACAACAGAGAUUGCGUUGAAUUGAAUGAUGCCAUGAGUGAUGCAAAGGGGUGGGGUUCUGCGGAAGAAAUGCCGUUCAUUGAAAAGAGUUUGGAUCAGAUACUGGCAAAAAUGAAGCAAUUGAAGCAACAAGAGACCAAAGAGCUGGAGCUGGCUAUUCAGACAUCGGAUAUGAUGUUUGAAGCUGUUGCAAAGUAUGCAAAGAAGCAUGGAAAAACACCAUCCACGCAUCAACCUCCUGCACAGACAGCAGAUCUAGCAGACAAGGCAAAACAAGUGCCUGAAGCCUAUCGUCAAUACCAGCUCUCGCAUCAAGCCGGUGAGGACAUCAAUCUGGAUCAAGCUGCAUCUACCUCCAACAUCACCUCAACACCCAUUGCAUCUCAUCAGCGUCAUAACAACAAUAACAGCAACAACACGCCUGCUACCGAUUUCUACUUUUACCAAGCCGUGGAUGGACAGCACGUUUACUUGCAUCCUCUUGACAUCCGCAUCCUGAAGCAUGAAUUUGGGGAGUAUGACCAAUUCCCUCGUCAACUUCAAGUGCAAGCUACCAGCGUGCAAGAAUCGACAUUGACAGAAGAUUUGCGCAAGAAAUGCAAGUAUCUUGGUCAUUUACCACUUGCUUGUGAUGUCACAUUCAUGGAGAUCAAUGUCAAGGAUAUCGUGUCUCCCGAGACGAUACAAGUCUAUAACCAGGAAUUGGUGGCUCGAGUAAAGAAGAGAAAGGACAAGGAACGCAAGGAGGAUCAGAGAAGAAAGCAAGCAGAAAGCAAGCAGAAACUGUUGGUCGUGAAAGAGCAAGAAGCUGAGCGCCACAUGCUGGAAAAUGACCCAUUUUUCUCCAUGUACCGACCUGCCAUGACAGCUGAAGAGAGCGAAGAGCAACUGUCACAAGCAUUGAGCGAGUCUGCUGCCUCUUCAGCACUUGAAGAGGACCCCGUCAUUCCGUCUGCACAUGCAGGUGGAGGGCCACGCACUGUAUGGGGGACACGCCAAGUGAUGUCCAGAGAAGAGGAGCUGAUGAUGAACCAGACGCAUGAUUGGGCGGAUCACAUUGUCAUCAACAAGAGCCAUAGAAAACGAAGAGGCAGAAAGCAUUGA